AUCCGAUAGACGGGCUGACUAUCGAUAAAAGUAUCUACUUCGUUGCAUCCCUAGGUUGAUACAUAAAAUAAAAAAUAUAUAAAAAGUGAGUUAGUACUGGUAUUAAAAGUAAUUUUUAAGCUACAAAUUGAUGAAUUGCGAGCACGCAGAGACUAAGAACACUGGGAAUCCGGAAAACAGUGGCUGGCGCGUCGGGUGCGAUAGAAUUGCCAGUUUUUCAGACCCCAAAAGUCGCUCCCAACCGAGUCGUGCACCUAUAGUCUUGGCCCGAAGUUGCUCCCAUGAAUAAAAAUGUUCGGUAAUUUCACGGUAAACAAUAACCAUUGUCGAACGCAGGGAAUAGUCGCGUUCGCACACGUAAUUGCCAUCGCGCAGAGAUGUGAUUCGCCCCCGUAGCCCCUCGAUCUCGAGCGAGCUCCCGAUUUUCGGACGUCCUGCGUCCUGCGACCUGCGUCCCAUGUCCUUAAACCUGAAAUCAGUGAAAAAUCGUUCGCGCAUGAAUAUCCAAAAUACAAUCCCAUCCAUCGAAUCGAAUUCCUUCCAAUCCAAACCAAUCCAAGCAGAUGCGCUGCGUUGCGAUGCGAUGCGAUUCCAUUCCAUUCGACUCGAUUCGAUUCGAUCCGAUUCGCGAUGGUAUAGCCUGCUGCGGAGAUCCACUGAAGCGCUGAGCCAACGCCAACGGUGGUGCCACUGAGAUCGGAGAUCGGAGACCGGAGACCGACGAGCACACAAGGGAUUGUGGUUAGAUCCGAGGAACCCGAGCACUCAGCUAUACUGGAGCAGAACGGAGAAAGCACAAGGGGUGCCGAGUCGCCCGACGCGAACCAGGAAAACCGAGCGACGUGUUGGUGGACCCCGUGGGCUGCGAUGGGUUGCUUUGGGUCGCCCACGUCCAAGCAGUCGGACGUGAACUCGGAGGACUCGAAGAGCCAGAAGCGCCGGAGCGAUGCAAUAUCUAGACAGUUGCAGAAGGACAAACAGCUCUACAGGGCCACACACAGGCUGCUCCUCCUGGGGGCGGGCGAGUCCGGCAAAUCAACUAUAGUCAAGCAAAUGCGAAUAUUGCAUGUCGACGGAUUUUCUGACUCGGAGAAGAAACAGAAAAUUGAUGAUAUUAAAAAGAAUAUUCGAGACGCUAUCUUGACUAUUACAGGAGCCAUGAGCACACUUAAUCCACCUGUAGCUUUAGAAAAGAAGGAAAAUGAACCCAGAGUGGAGUACAUUCAGGAUUAUGCAUCUAGUCCGGACUUUAAUUAUCCUCCUGAAUUUUAUGAACAUACAGAAGAACUAUGGAAAGACAAGGGCGUUCUUCAAACCUAUGAGAGGUCGAAUGAGUAUCAAUUAAUCGAUUGUGCGAAAUACUUCCUGGACCGAGUGAGCACAAUCAAGAAUCCAAACUACACCCCUAAUGAGCAGGAUAUUCUUCGGUGCCGUGUUUUGACUUCUGGAAUAUUUGAAACAAGAUUUCAAGUGGACAAAGUAAACUUUCACAUGUUUGAUGUUGGAGGACAGCGAGACGAGCGUAGGAAAUGGAUUCAGUGUUUCAAUGAUGUAACUGCUAUUAUAUUCGUAACUGCGUGCUCAAGUUAUAACAUGGUUUUGCGGGAAGAUCCCACCCAAAAUCGACUUCGAGAAUCUUUGGAUUUGUUCAAGAGUAUUUGGAACAACAGAUGGCUUCGCACGAUUUCUAUUAUACUAUUUUUAAAUAAGCAAGAUUUGUUAGCAGAGAAAAUUAAGGCUGGAAAAAGUAAAUUGUCGGAAUAUUUCUCCGAGUUUAACAAAUACCAAACGCCAAUCGACACAGGUGACGCAAUAAUGGAAUCCAAUGACGACCCAGAAGUAAUACGAGCAAAAUAUUUCAUACGAGACGAGUUUCUGCGUAUAUCUACCGCUAGCGGAGACGGAAAACACUACUGCUAUCCACAUUUCACAUGCGCCGUUGACACAGAAAACAUUAAACGUGUGUUUAAUGAUUGCAGAGACAUUAUUCAAAGGAUGCACCUUCGUCAAUAUGAAUUGUUAUAGGUUAUCCCCAUCGCCGUAAUGCAAGUAAAUAAAAAUAUUAAUGACUUACUGUUUUAAAUAUAAUUAUCAAAUGUAAUUUGUAUUUAAAUAGUCCCUUGAUUAAAACAAAAAAUUCGCUGCAUUUAGAUCUGGUAUGACCUUUCACAAAACUCAACAUUAAAGAAUAAUAAAUAAACAUGUUAAUAACA